GGUAGAGUGGCCACAGACCACAGUUGAAGCUAGAACUCUGACAAGAUUGUUAUUAAAUGUAUUUAUAAUUUUUUGAUUUCUUAUACAUGAUAAAGUAGAUCACAUUUUAUUUCCCUCAUUAUUACUCCACUAUGGUUCAUUUUGUCGAAAACUUCUUAAGAUGGUGCCAAAUAAUUUUAGUUGGUAUGGUUAUUAUCCCGACCGAUGUUUUGGCGUUUUCCACAAACGAAACGAGUAAAAUCAAUCCUAGUGACUACUCAGAUUAUGACGACGGACAAGAGGGCACAGUGAGAUCGAUGAUCAAGGACCGCGAUAAUUUGGAGCCGUGUGGCGAUUUUCGGCCGGGAGAAGAUGAUUUGCAAAUAACAGAUUUCAUUAGAAAAUUCAGAUUAGACACGGCCGAAGAAAUUAUGAAAAAAAGAAUUACCAAAGUGCAAGGAUCCAAUAGGUUUCAAACUGCUUACAGAGUGGAAAAAGCGGCACAACUAGUUAUGUCCACAAGGGAACUAUUUCCCCUGGGCAUCCCGCAGCAAUUUUCUUUUAUUGUCACCUACAACUCAAAACUGUUGAUGGCUACGCAUUGGCACGUACUCCGGAUUACCGACUACCAAAAUACGACUAGUAUGCAAAUAACCGUCAAUAAGGCUACAAGAAACGUAGAGUUUUCGAUUGUAAAUUAUGACGGAUAUCUACAAACUGUUACAUUUGAAGCGAAUAAUAUUUUUGAUAGCAAUUGGCACAAGCUACAUUUCGGUGUGUUCUACGAACGAGUAGUUCUGUACAUAGAUUGCAAACAAGUCGGAGUAAAAAUUUUGGAACCCAGGGGUACGGUGGAUAUCUUUGGAAAUACCGCCUUGGCGACGGUUACCGAUUUCCAAGCGGCCCCAGUAGACUUGCAAUGGGUUACCCUCAGUUGCGAUCCGACCAAACCUCAGAGGGAAGGUUGUGCGGAACUUCAUCAGAUUUUGGAAGAAUCUCAAACGCAGCCAUCACUAAAACCUAGUAAAUGCGCAGCCGCUCAAGAAAGCAGCAAAUGCUCCAAAACAUUACAAAUUGUGGGACCACCGGGACCUCAAGGGACACCAGGAACACAAGGACCAACAGGCCCACAGGGGCCUCCUGGAUUGCCGGGACCUGAAGGUCCACGAGGAUAUCAAGGUUUACCUGGUAGCCCAGGUAUACCAGCAUUACCUGGUCAACAUGGCGAAAAGGGGGACCCGGGAGAACCUGGUGCCCCGGGUCAAAGAGGCGAAGCCGGACCUCCGGGAAUUACAACUUAUCUGCCGGGGCCACCAGAAUACAUAAGACCCGGAACUUUUGGCGGUGUUAAAGGAGAGCGAGGUGACCAAGGAUUACCAGGACUACCCGGUAAAAGUUUUUCAGAAAUCGAGAUUAAAGAUAUUUGUCUAGUGGUACUCAAAGAACAACUUUCAGAACUUACUACCACUUUAGUAGGUCCACCCGGACCUCCUGGUCGAUCGAUUAUAGGAAAACCUGGACCACCUGGUGUGCAGGGUUCUCCAGGUGAACCAGGACCACCUGGUUUAGGAAUACCUGGGGAACGUGGUUUUCCAGGGUCUCCAGGUCUACAGGGCUCAGCAGGUCCCGAAGGUCCAGCAGGACAGAAAGGCGAUAAAGGUGAUAGAGGGACGGAAGCUGUUGCUUAUGAAGGACCACCCGGGCCACCUGGACAACCAGGGCCUACUGGGUCACACGGCAGGCCAGGCGAUAGAGGAGAACCCGGAAGACCAGGUCCAGUGGGUCCAAGAGGUUACCCAGGAACUCAAGGUUCACCAGGAUAUUGUGAAAUGUGUAAUAAUGUAUAUUAUGCAGCAAGACCUCUCCCAGCUGGAAAUUUCAAAGGGCCUUAAAUGUUUUUAUUUUACGUUUUGUGAAUUCCUACUUAUCAAUAAACCCAAUACAUUUAUGUAGUUAAAAAAAACGUUGUACUACCAAGACUCUUAAACUUAUUGAGAAACACUUUAUACAACAAAAUUAUAAUUUAUUAUUAUAUCAUGUUAAUUUAAAAUAAAAUACAUACAAACUAUA